GGGAGAGCGAUAUAGUGAAUGCGGGGUCCGGGGAGAGGGGGGGGAUAUAGUGAAUGUGGGGUCCGGGGGGGCGGGUACAGUGAAUGCGGGGUCCGGGGGGAGCGGAUAUAGUGAAUGCGGGGUCCGGGGGGAGCGGAUAUAGUGAAUGCGGGGUCCGGGGAGGGGGGGGGAUACAGUGAAUGCGGGGUCCGGGGAGGGCGGGUACAGUGAAUGCGGGGUCCGGGGGGAGGGGAUACAGUGAAUGCAGGGUCUAUCACAGCGGGGUCCGGGGGACGGGGUCCGGGGGGGCGGGGUCUAUCACAGCGGGGUCCGGGGGGGGUACCCAGUGAAUGCGGGGAUCUAUCACAGCGGGGUCCGGGG